AUUAUGGAUGUGUUUCUUCACAAAUUUAUGUCCUUGUUUUUUCUAUUAAUUAGUUUCUUCCCCUUUAUUGUUUCAAUGUCAUCUUGCAAAAUAAGAAGAGAGUUUCAUCUUAAUGGCAUGCAUAAAGCCGGUGAUGUGAUUCUAGGGGGACUGUUUGAAGUACACUACACUUCUGUGUUUCCUGAGCUAACAUUCACCUCAGAACCAAGUGAGCACAUCUGUCAAGGCUUUGACUCUCCAGGGUUCAGGCAUGCCAUGACCAUGGCAUUUGCCAUUGAGGAAAUUAACAAAGACCCAAAUCUGCUUCCAAAUGUGACUCUGGGAUAUAGCCUUUAUGAUAAUUGUGCCACAUUAGUAAUCGGAUUUAGUGCUGCAUUGUCAUUGGCCAGUGGUCAGGAGAAACAGUUUUUUCCUCAGGAAAAAUGCUCAGGGGGCCCUCCAGUCCUGGGGAUCGUCGGUGAUUCUUUUUCAACGUUUUCAAUUGCCACAUCUGAUGUCAUUGGUUUAUUCAGAUUGCCCAUUGUGAGUUACUUUGCUACAUGUUCUUGCCUAAGUGAUCGUCGAAGGUUUCCAUCCUUUUUUAGGACAAUCCCAAGUGAUACUUUUCAAGUGGAUGCAAUGAUUCAGAUUUUAAAACGCUUUGGCUGGACAUGGGCUGGUCUACUGGUUAGUGAUGAUGAUUACGGGCUUCAUGUUGCCCAGUCCUUUCAGUCAAAGCUGACUGAGUCUGGAUUAGGAUGUCUUGCAUACUAUGAAAUUUUACCAUGGGGUGAAAAUCCAGCUGAACUAACACGAAUUGUGGAAGGAAUGAAAAAAUCCACAGCUCGAGUUGUCAUUGUAUUCGCACAUCAGAUCAAUAUGAUUCAACUGAUGGAGGAGGUUUUAAGGCAAAAUGUGACAGGUUUGCAAUGGAUGGCGAGUGAAGCAUGGGCAUCAGCAGCUGUGCUCCAAACAUCUCGUCUUAUGCCAUACCUGAGUGGAACGCUGGGCAUUGCAAUCCGUCGAGGAGAAAUCCGAGGACUUAGGGAUUUUCUUCUAAAAACAAAACCUGGGAAUAACACCAACAGUGAAAACACUAUGAUAAGGCAGUUCUGGGAACACACUUUUCAGUGUAGAUUUGCUCCCCCACCUGUUGACUGGCUAGAGGCUGGAGGGGCAUUAUGCUCUGGUAAAGAAGAUUUAGAGACUGUGCAGACUGAAUUUCUUGAUGUUUCUAACCUCCGGCCUGAAUAUAACAUUUACAAGGCUGUGUAUGCGCUGGCAUACGCUCUUGAUGACAUGCUGCAGUGUCAGCCAGGAAAAGGGCCUUUUAUCAGACACAGCUGUGCAUCUCUGCACAGUCUGGAGGCUUGGCAGCUAAUGUAUUACUUGAAAAAAGUCAACUUUACCAUUCCAUUUGGUGAUCAAGUGUCAUUUGAUGAGAAUGGUGAUGCUUUGCCAAUAUAUGAUAUCAUGAACUGGCAAUGGCUCCCUGAUGGUAAAAUUCAAGUUCUGAAUGUAGGCGUUGUGAGGAAAACAGCUUUUGGUGGUGAAGAACUCACUCUUAAUGAGGACAAAAUCUUCUGGAAUUUUGAGAACAAUCAGCCACCUCGGUCUGUGUGCAGCAAGAACUGUAAUCCUGGGAGUCGCAUGGCAAGAAAGAAGGGGCAACCUGUGUGCUGUUUUGAUUGUGUUCCUUGUCCUGAAGGAAAGAUUAGCAACGAAACAAACUCUGUUGAGUGCUUUAGUUGUCCAGAGGAUUUCUGGUCCAGCCCAAAGCGUAAUCAAUGCAUACUUAAGAGAACAGAGUUUCUCUCCUACCAUGAACCUCUGGGAGUCUGCUUGACAACAGCUUCUUUGCUGGGAACUUCCAUCUGUACUGUUGUUUUAGGGAUUUUCACAUAUCACCGGAGCACACCUAUGGUGCGAGCAAACAAUUCAGAGCUGAGCUUUCUAAUCUUAGUGUCACUUAAAUUGUGCUUUUUGUGCUCGCUGCUGUUCAUUGGACGACCCAGACUGUGGACAUGUCAGCUGAGACAUGCAGCAUUUGGGAUCAGCUUUGUGCUUUGUGUAUCCUGCAUUCUGGUUAAAACCAUGGUGGUUCUGGCUGUGUUUAAAGCCUCCAAACCAGGUGGUGGCAUGCAUCUAAAGUGGUUUGGUGCUGUACAACAAAGAGGGACAGUUUUUGUUCUUACUUGCAUCCAAGCCACAAUUUGCACUGUGUGGAUUGGGACAGCUUCACCAGUACCUCAUAAAAACACCCAGUACCACAAUGACAAAAUCAUUUAUGAGUGUGUGGUUGGCUCCACAAUUGGUUUUGCAGUAUUAUUGGGAUAUAUCGGCUUACUGGCAAUUAUCAGCUUCCUGUUGGCAUUUCUGGCGAGAAACCUGCCAGAUCAUUUUAAUGAGGCUAAACUAAUCACUUUCAGCAUGCUGAUCUUCUGUGCUGUGUGGACGGCCUUUGUACCUGCCUACAUUAACUCUCCUGGCAAAUAUGCUGACGCAGUGGAGGUGUUUGCCAUAUUAACCUCCAGCUUUGGUCUUUUGAUGGCACUCUUUGGACCGAAAUGUUACAUAAUCUUGCUGAAACCUGAAAGAAACACAAAGAAAGCUAUCAUGGGCCGUGGAACUCCAAAGUGUUAAAUUGCAACUUCUUUCUUUGACGCAGAGGACUAUAUGACAACUUUAAUCAAU